AUGCUGAGUCCGAAGAUCCAGCGCUCCAUCCGAGUGAACGAAGGGCAGUUACUCGCGCUAUCUGACCGAGCCCAGUACGAUCACACACAGGCCGGUUAUUUGCACAAAAGAAGCUCUGACAGUUCAAAAUGGCAGUUGCGCUGGUUCAUACUUUAUCAGAACAUCUUAUUCUACUAUGAAUCGGAAAAUAGCGCGAGGCCGACUGGGGUCCUCCUCCUGGAGGGCUCCUUCGUGGAAAGGCUCAACAAAGGUCCGAUGGAAAGAAAUUCUUUUUGCUUCACAAUAACAUACCGUAAAGAAACUCAACGACAAUACGAGCUUCGCGCCGCCUCUGAAGUGGACUGCUCUCACUGGGUCGACGCUAUAAACAUCGCUAGUUUCAACAAAGUACUGCUUCAAAAAGAAGAACUAGAACAGAAACAGCUUCAUCUCCUGCAAGUGGUGGAGAGUGAGAGGACGUCGCGGUGGCAGUACGCCCAGCAGUGCGACGAGCUGGUUUGCGAAGUCAAGAAGCUUAGGAAUGAACUGUGCGCCUACAAAAGAGAGCAUGAGCCAGCGACUCGCACCGCUUCUACCACCAGCCUCUCUCCAAGUGACUCAGAUGAUAUCGACCCCAUAGAAUUACGAAAGAUUAAAAAAGUUCAGAGUUUCUUCCGAGGCUGGCUCUGCAGACGGCGCUGGAAGCAAAUUGUGGAACAGUAUAUAAAGAGCCCUCACGCUGAAAGCAUGAGGAAAAGAAAUAGCCUUGUUUUUAAGAUGGUUGAAGCUGAGGAAGAAUAUCUAGAGCAAAUGGAAAUCUUAGUGACAUGUUAUCUUCGGCCGUUCAAAAUGGCAGCGAGUUCUAAGAAGCCUCCAUGUACCCAUGAGGAUGUGAACUCCAUAUUUUUGAACAGCGAGACCGUGUUAUUUCUUCAUCAGAUAUUCUUUAAGGGCCUGACAUCAAGAAUGGAAUCUUGGCCGACACUUGUUCUAGGAGAUCUAUUCGACAUGUUGCUACCGAUGCUGACGAUCUACCAGGAGUACGUCCGGAACCACCACUACUCGCUGCAAGUCCUCACUGAAUGCAAACAAAGCCAGCCGUUCACACAACUGUUGGCUCGUUUGGAGAGCAAGCCAGCUUGCCAGGGACGCUCGCUAGAAACAUUCUUGACAUAUCCUAUGCAUCAGAUUCCACGUUACAUCAUCACGCUGCACGAGCUGCUUGCGCACACGCCGCACGACCACGUGGAGAGACGCAGCUUGCAGCAUGCGCGCGCGCAACUUGAAGAACUCUCCAGGCAAAUGCACGAUGAGGUGAGUGAAACGGAAAAUUUAAGAAAGAAUCUGGCCGUGGAACGUAUGAUUAUAGAGGGAUGCGAUAUUCUUCUUGACGUUAAUCAAGUUUUCAUUCGACAAGGAACCCUAUCGCAAGUAGUAGGCAAAGGACGCCGCGCGAACCUGCAGGCUCGCCAAACCUUUCUCUUCAGCAACCACUUGCUCUUAACAACCAGAGCCGCGGGAGGGAGGCUGCAUCUCCCCGCUAAUGGGAGGCUGCCGCUACACGAUGCUCUUCUUAUUGAGGACCCAUCCAAUCAUGAUGAAGAUGAUUCCAAGCCAGUGUGCAACUCACCUGGUGUUGAUGUGUAUCAAGGAAAAGAUUUCAAAAUACUAGUGGAAGUCAAAGGCGAACAAAUUUGUGCUCAUUUAGUUGCCGCAACAUUAGAAGAGAAAGCAGGAUGGACGAGCGAACUAGCCCAGUGUAUGGAAAGCGCAGCGCUCACAGAGUUACUCCGAGCGUGCGGGUCUUGCGGAGCGUCGUCCGCGAGCCUCCCCGCGUGCCGCUCCGACAGGGCACUCUUCACUGACGACGUGGAUAUAAGAUUUAGUAGAACAUUGAACUCUUGUAAAGUACCCCAAAUUAGAUCUGCUACUCCUCAACGGUUAUUGCAACGAUUGACUGAUCUGCGUUUCCUCUCAGUGGACUUCCUAAAUACGUUCCUAUUAACAUACCGUGUGUUCACGGACGGCGUGACGGUGCUCGAGGCGUUACAGCAGGUCUUCUACGAGCAGUCACAGCAAGAUCUUGAACUAGCGCCACCUGUAGACGCCGCGCGGAAAACCAGCGCCGCUAGUACUGUGUCUGGAUAUGGAUCAGAAUACAGCGAGAAGGACUGGCAGUCGCGGUUCUGGAAAACAUCUAGAAAGAGUGAGGAUGAUGACAAGCUAUCACCUCAUUUAGGGGCACCAUCACGACGAGCGUCUACAGUUGCUAAGCCGGAAGAGGACACCAGUCAUUUGCAAAUACCGAAAAUAAUGGCAACUUCUUCAAGUAAUGAAACUCUAAAAGGAGCAUCACCUUCUUCACCUGGCGCUCAAAGUGCAGUAACAUUAGUGGGGAGUCCUAAAAAAGUAAGUCCAGUUGAACCUGGGAUGAAAAAAGAAUUGAAGGAAAAAUCAUCUCCAACUAAAGACAACAACACCGCAGCGGCCAUGACUAAGGACGAGAGCAUCGAGAUGGUAGACCAAAGCGACGAAGACGUUAAAUAUAAAGAAGAGGAAAAAGAAAAGGAAAAACCUAAACACAAAAUUGACGAUAAGUUCAAAAUAUCGCAAAGGUUUUCUGAAGUUUGUAACCAGCGAGUACGUACCAUGUCAGAGAGUCCCCGACGCUUGCAUCCGUCGGCCGGGACGGCGCAAUCGCAGGAGGCUCGCCGUCGCUCCGAGGGCACGCGGGGAGAGGCCCCCGCUGAGGGAGUUGAGCCGAGGAGGGCUUCUGACUCCGUUGCCAGGUCCCUCCCCAGACGAUCCGUUAGUGAAAGACGCUGUACGAAUUCAUCAAUAAACAGUGAGAGACGGCGUUAUUGGUGUGGAUCAGAACCACGAACUUCAGUUACUUCUCAAGUAUCACAAAUGCAGAAUUAUCGCCGAGAUCAACCGAAAGCAGGAGUCGUCAUCACAUCUUUCCGACAAUCGCAUAGAAGCUUUGGAAAAGACCUGUUGUGGAGUAGUACAUCAACUGCGGCAGCGGCUUUCGCUGUGGCAACAUCAGCGUCAUCUAAUCCAAGAUCGCCUCCCGCAUCUUCUCCUCCACUGACUAGAAGAGACUCGGUUAUAUCGACGGCAGCGACAAUGAGAGUGCUGAAUGUUUUAAGACAUUGGAUUUCCAAACAUGCAUCAGAUUUCUGGUCAGACGAGCGUCUUCGGGGUAUGACUAUGGACUUUUUGAAGGAGAUUGAAUCAUGUCCAGGAUUGUUACCAGCGGAGCACAAGUCAGCGGUGCAGUUGCUACGAUUAUUGGAAAGAGCACCUGAUCGAAGUGUGGAUUUAGUAGCUUUAUUUGUACCACCAAGAAUACCAACCAAAGAAAGUGUGGAAACUCUUUCGGCACUUGAGAUCGCUGAGCAGAUGACCUACUUGGACUAUCAAAUUUUCAGCGCAAUACAUAGCGAGGAGUUCCUGGGACAGGCGUGGACGAAGGCAGAUAAGGCUGAUCGCGCUCCUCACAUCCUGAUGAUGACUGCUCACUUUAACCACAUCUCUAACCUUGUUAUAUCGGAGAUUUUAAAGAAAUACACUUUGACUGGUCGGGUGGCAACAAUAGAGAAAUGGGCGGCGGUGGCGGACAUAGCGCGAUGUUUGCACAACUUCAACGGAGUGCUGCAAGUGUGCGCCGCGCUCUCCAACACGUCUAUCUACCGCCUAAAGAAGACUUGGGAGAAAGUGUCAAAAACUAGCAAAUCGACUAUAGAAAAAAUGCAAACGUUGACUUCAUCUGAGUGCCGUUUUAGAGUUCUACGGGAUGCUCUACAUCGAUGCGACCCGCCCUGCAUCCCAUACUUGGGGAUGUAUUUAUCUGACUUAUCAUUUAUAGAAGAAGGCACUUCCAAUUAUACACCAGAUGGUCUUCUAAACUUUUCUAAGAUGAGAAUGAUUGCUCAUGUGAUUCGGGAGAUAAGAAAUUUUCAACAAACUCCGUAUAAGAUCGAUCAUAUUCCUAAGGUAUGCGAGUUUCUCCUAGACCGUACACUAGUGAUACCAGAAGAGCGACAAUACACCCUCUCCCUGGAGCUGGAACCGCGCGCGGCGCGGGGCUCCGCGGCGGGGCUGCAGGUGACGCCCGCGUCGCCCGCCUCGCCCGCCGCGCAGCGCCGCCGCCGCGCCUCCCUCGCCGCGCUCGCGCCCCUCGCACCGCUACGUGGAGACCGU